AUGUCUCUGCGGCCGAGCCUCCGCACAGCAUGCCGGGCGCUCGCGCUGCGGUCGCGGCCCGUGGCGGCGGCGGCCUCGAGACGGGAACCCUUGGCCUGGGCCACGACGAGAAGAGGAUACGCGGACGAGGCCGGUGCUGGUGAGAUUCCGGCGAUCAGGAAACUCGGGGCCGCUUCCGAGGCGGAGCGUGCUGCGGCGGCGGCUGCUAAGGCACAGAAUGCGGCGGCGGCGAGAAAUCAGACGGGCGAGGGCGAGACCGAGGCUUGGACACAAGAAGACGCCGACGCCGCGAAAGACAUGCUCAUCGACGCGGCCGCAGCAGAGAGACCCGAGGGCGGCCUGACCGAGGCCCAGGAAGAGGCGUACUACGAAGAAGGCGUCAUCCCCCCGACGCCCGCGAACGGCGACCCCAUCCGCCAACUCGAGAUCAUGGCCGCCGGCGGCGUCGUCGCCGAGCUGCAGGAUCCCUUUGGGCAGAUGGAAAUCUCGGGAGGAGGAAACAGGGGACACAAGUUCCCGCUGCCCUCGCUGCCCCUCCCGCCGCACAGCCACCUCAAGUCCCGGUAUCACCCCGUGCUCGACCAGUUGACCAACCUGAUGAUGCGGGACGGCAAGAAGAGUCUGGCGCAAAGGAACAUGGCCAUGGUCCUCAACUUCCUCCGCACAUCCCCUCCCCCGAUCAUCAACCCGCGAUUCCCGCUCCUCCCCGGCGCCCCGCCGCCGGCCCACCUCCCGCUCAACCCGGUGCUAUACAUGACGCUGGCCGUGGACUCGGUGGCGCCGCUCGUCAAGAUCCGCCGCAUCCCCGGCGGCGCCGGCGGUGGCCGGCCGCUCGAGCUGCCCGCGCCCCUGGCGGUGCGCCAGAGGCGGCGCAUGGCCUUCCAGUGGGUGCUGGACGUGGUCAACAAGAAGCCCUCCAAGGGGUCCGGCCGGACGCAGUUCGCGCACCGGCUGGCCGAGGAGAUCGUCGCCGUCGUCGAGGGCAGGUCGCCCGUGUGGGACAAGCGGCUGGUGCUGCACAAGCUCGGCACGGCCACGCGUGCCAACCUGGGCGUCAAGCCCGUGAAGCAGGGCAAAUAA